AUGAAGAAAAUCAUUGGCAUUCUUAUACUCUCUGGAUUUUUUCAUUACGGUACCACCAUAAUGUGUUACGAAUGCAAUAGUGCUACCAACUCGCACUGUUCAGAGACACAGCUGCCUGACAGUCUGAAGAGGAACUGCUCGGAACACGGGCGCGGUGUCUCGCAUACACUCUGCAGGAAGAUUGUCCAGCAUGUGGAAUAUGGAAUCAAUGGACAGUUGCCAAGCAGCCGAGUGAUUAGAAGUUGUGGCUGGGACGAAACCAAAUACAAGGGCACUUGUUACCACCGUUCGGGGUAUGGUGGAAGGCAGGAAGUGUGCUCCUGUACUGAGGACUUCUGCAAUAGCUCGGAGAAAACUAAAGCGAGGCUAUAUCUUCUACUGCCGACUACAUUAGUGUUUUUUUGUAAAAUAUAA